GGCCACUAUAUAACUCUCCUCCUCCAGCUGUUUUCAUCUUUCCCUCUCUCUUAUUCAUUCUGCACCAGUGAUCAUAUCGUAAUCAUUUCAUUAUUAUUUUUUUUAGAGAGAAAGAUCGAAAUCAUAAUUUGCUCCCUAGUAGUAGUAGCAGCAGCAGCUUAGGAGGAUUGAUUUAUAACAUUCAUACUGAUCGAUCAAUACUGGCAAUAUUUAUUUCAACCUUACAAAGAACAGGGGGGCCAGAGAUGAAGACGAUGAUGAACAGAAAGCCUUUCUCUUUCGGCUUCUUUCUCAAAUUCGCUGCUUGUUUUAUGCUUCUGGGACUUGCCUACCGUUCCUUUCUCUCCACCUUUGCGCGAUUCUCGGCCGACCCUGUUGCCGCCACCGCCACCGCCGAUCACACAUCGCCGCCGUCCCUUCCCGUCAACCUUCUGCGUUCUAAGACGGUGAAGUGUGAUCUGUUCAAGGGAGAUUGGGUCGAGGACGAUGAGGGUCCAUUCUACACAAACGAGACCUGCGAUUCCAUACAAACCCACCAGAAUUGCAUGAAGAACGGCCGACCCGACACGGAUUAUAUGCACUGGAGAUGGAAGCCCAGUGGCUGUGAACUCCCCAGGUUUAAUCCCGGCAAGUUCCUCAAUCUCAUGAAGAACAAAUCAAUGGCUUUUAUCGGUGAUUCGAUCAUGCGCAACCAUGUUCAGUCACUGCUCUGCAUUCUCUCACUGGAGGAAAAAGCAAACGAGGUCUACCAUGACGACCAAUACAAAAGUAGGAGAUGGCAUUUCCCGGCAAACAACUUCACUCUUUCAGUGGUAUGGUCUCCUUACCUUACAAAAGCCACUAUAUCGGAAGACGACGAAGGGGUUUCCACGGAUAUAGUCCGUCUCCACCUCGACAAACUCGACAACGUGUGGACCCAACAGUUCAAGAAUUUCGACUACGCCGUCAUCGCGGGUGGCAAAUGGUACACAAAACCCGCAAUAUACUACGAGAAAGGCGAGAUUGUGGGGUGCCAUAGCUGUGGUGUGAAGAGCAACAUAACAAACGUAGGGUUUUACUAUGCGUACCGCAAAGCUUUGCGCUCGGCUCUCAGAUACAUUUUGAGCUCAUCAAACCAGCAGAAAGUGAACGUGUUGUUCAGAACCACGACGCCGGACCACUUUGAGAACGGGGAAUGGGACACGGGCGGGUACUGUAACCGAACGGUGCCGUUUAGAGAAGGGGAGGUUGAAAUGGGCAGUAUGGAUGGGGUGAUGCACAGGAUAGAAGUUGAAGAGUUUGAGUGGGCAUUAGGGAUGGGAUCCAAGAAUGUGGGAGUGGGGGGCAUGAAGCUGUUCGACACCACGUAUCUUUCGCUGCUGAGGCCGGACGGGCACCCAGGAAUCUACAGGCAUUCGCACCCGUUGGCGGUUCAGAAUGAUUGUCUCCACUGGUGCUUGCCCGGGCCGAUUGAUUCUUGGAAUGAUUUGAUGAUGGAAAUGCUAUUUCCACAGUCAAAAAUAAAGAAUGGGCCUCGUCUUUAGGGUUGGUCCUCCGAUUCGCCAAAUAGUUAUCCAGAAGAGGUAAAUUGAGAUUGCUAUGGUGUGAUUGUAUUUGAGUCACCAUCAAGAUGCCUUUUUCUUUUUUUUUUUCAUGCAUAUAUAGGUUUCAUAUGUUGGGUUAUAGAUGGGCUUUGCUAGCUGCACAUUUCUAUGCAUCUCAAGAGAGGAGAGGUCUUGUUUCGUGAACAUAAACAUGACCGGGGAAAUGGAUUAUCGAAACCUUCACCAUUGCAACGCGUUGCGUUCCAUCUCUUCAUCAAAGCACAAGGGAUAGUUAGAUGUGAAGGAGCUCUCUAUGAAACAACCAGAUCGAUAAGAAGAAAGACGACGUAAAAUACUAAAAUUUGACCAUAAAGACAAUCUCACUGUGCUAUCUUCCAUUAUUUAACGUAAUCCUUUUGUGUGUGACACCCACAGCCACAUAUCGUCCCCAUUUUUUCCGUUCCAAUUUUCUGCAACUACUCAUCAAUAAAACACACAAAAAUGGCGGACACACCACAUCCCAACGCUCCCCACGUCGUCAUCGUCCCCACCCCCGGAAUCGGCCACCUCACCCCCCUCGUCGAGUUCGCCAAGCGCCUCUCCCUCCACCACCACUUCUCCGUCACC